ACGAGGUUCGCUAGUACAGACGGCUUUUCUCUGAUCUCCACUCUCGCCGUUAAACAACCCAUUCUCCGUUCCAUGGCCACCACCUCCAUCGCAGGACCCAGACUCACUUCCUUGAAAACCGCCGCCGGGAAGCUCGGCUACCGUGAGAUCUGUCAUGUCCGGCAAUGGGCUCCGGUUCAUUCUCCGAUGCCUCAUUUCGGAAUGCUGCGAUGUGGAUCGCGACGCCCGUUUGCAACCUCCUCCUCCACUGUUGUUCAAGCUCAAGCUCAAGCCACUGCUGCUGAGCAAUCAACAGGUGAAGAAGAAGCUGUUCCGAAAGUGGAGUCUCCAGUUGUCGUUGUCACUGGUGCCUCUCGAGGCAUUGGUAAAGCCAUUGCUCUUUCCCUGGGCAAAGCUGGCUGCAAGGUCUUGGUGAAUUAUGCUAGGUCAGCUAAGGAGGCUGAACAAGUUUCUAAACAGAUUGAGGCAUACGGUGGCCAGGCUAUUACUUUUGGGGGUGAUGUCUCCAAAGAGGCUGAUGUGGAUGCCAUGAUGAAAACCGCUGUUGAUGCAUGGGGAACCAUUGAUGUCGUCGUUAACAAUGCAGGAAUUACUCGGGAUACCUUGUUGAUACGAAUGAAGAAGUCCCAAUGGGAUGAAGUGAUUGAUUUGAAUCUCACUGGAGUAUUCCUCUGUACCCAGGCAGCGACAAAGAUAAUGAUGAAGAAGAGAAAGGGAAGAAUCAUCAACAUAGCGUCAGUUGUUGGUCUCAUUGGUAAUAUUGGCCAAGCAAACUACGCUGCUGCUAAAGCUGGAGUUAUCGGGUUCUCCAAGACUGCUGCCAGAGAGGGUGCGAGCAGGAAUAUUAACGUCAAUGUGGUUUGCCCCGGGUUCAUUGCAUCUGACAUGACUGCUAAACUUGGAGAAGACAUGGAAAAGAAAAUCUUGGGAACAAUCCCAUUAGGACGAUAUGGACAACCGGAAGAUGUGGCUGGCUUGGUAGAAUUCUUGGCUCUCAGUCCUGCAGCCAGUUACAUCACUGGACAGGCAUUCACCAUCGAUGGGGGUAUUGCCAUCUAGGAGCAUUUGGUAAGAUCGGCUUUUGUUUAGGCAAUAAACAGACAAAGUUGAGUUGUUUCUGGCACUUGGUCGGAUAUCUAUUUCUGUUUGGGGAGAGAUGUAAAACUCAUUGCUUAUACUAUGUUAUAAAUCAAAGAGCCUUGUAGACAAACUUGUUGAUUUCAAUAGAGGUUUUUUUUUGUGUGUAA